AUGCAGCCCCCGGGCCGCGAGCAGGACGCCCGCACCAAGAGCAUGUUCGUGUCGCGGGCCCUCGAGAAGAUCCUGGCCGAGAAGGAGGCCAAGCGGCCCCCGCACGGGCAGCUGCGGAGAGCCUGCCAGGUGGCGCUGGAUGAAAUAAAAACAGAGCUGGAAAAGCAAAGAGAAGGCACUGUUGCUCCACCAAAAGCAAACUUCAUUGAAGCAGAUAAGUACUUCCUUCCGUUUGAGCUGGCCUGCCAGUCCAAGUCACCGCGCAUUGUCAGUACUUCCCUGGACUGUUUACAAAAACUUAUUGCAUAUGGACAUAUUACUGGCAAUGCCCCUGAUAGCGGAGCUCCUGGAAAACGACUGAUUGACCGAAUAGUUGAUACAAUUUGCAAUUGCUUUCAGGGUCCUCAAACAGAUGAAGGAGUACAACUGCAGAUAAUUAAGGCUCUCCUCACUGCAGUAACGUCUCCAUAUAUAGAAAUUCAUGAAGGAACAGUUCUUCAAACAGUUAGAACCUGUUACAACAUCUAUCUGGCCAGUAAAAAUCUUAUUAAUCAGACGACCGCCAAAGCUACACUUACACAGAUGCUAAAUGUCAUUUUUACACGGAUGGAAAAUCAAUCUGUACAAGAAUCCAGAGAAGCAGAAAAAACAAAUCAGCAAAAAUCUGUGUCUCCUGCAACUCAUGUGGUCACCAGGUCUCCAAAGAUUGGUCAGUUAAAGCACAACCAUCAGGAAGACAAAUGUGUUGUGACUUUAAGUGUGGAAUUAACUAACGGUGAGCCUGAGAGAACAGAAUAUGGAAACCUGAAGUCAGGGCAGGAUCUGAUUCCUUCAGCAUCAGAUGGAACUACUGAUGGAGGAAAGGAAAUGGUUAAAGGCAUCUUGGAAGAUGUAGUUGAGUCAGCUGUGAAAGUGGCUGAAGAGAAACAGGUAACAGAACUGAUUAAGGCUCUACCUGCAGUAGAAACUGCAGAUACUGCUCUUUCUGUCUCCAGUAAUGAAAAUGUACAAACGAAUGGAAUUCCAGAUGAUGGACAGUCUGUUUCCUCUACUGAUAACCUGGAAACAGAUGUAUCUGGACAUCAAGCUGCUGCAAAAUUUUCCCAUGUUCUACAGAAGGAUGCCUUCCUUGUGUUCAGGUCACUGUGCAAGCUCUCCAUGAAACCACUUGGUGAUGGACCUCCAGAUCCCAAAUCCCAUGAAUUGCGUUCUAAGAUAGUGUCUCUUCAGCUUCUUCUCUCAGUACUGCAGAAUGCUGGUCCAGUUUUCAGGACACAUGAAAUGUUCAUCAAUGCAAUAAAGCAAUACCUUUGUGUAGCAUUAUCUAAGAAUGGAGUCUCAUCUGUUCCUGAUGUAUUUGAGCUCUCUCUUGCCAUCUUUCUCACGCUUCUCUCAAAUUUUAAGACCCAUUUAAAAAUGCAGAUCGAGGUGUUCUUCAAAGAGAUCUUCUUGAAUAUUCUAGAGACUUCCUCAAGCUCCUUUGAACACAAAUGGAUGGUGAUUCAGACUUUAACUAGAAUUUGUGCAGAUGCCCAGUGUGUAGUGGAUAUUUAUGUUAACUAUGACUGUGAUUUAAACGCUGCUAAUAUAUUUGAACGCCUUGUAAAUGAUUUGUCCAAAAUAGCACAGGGACGAAGUGGGCAUGAAUUGGGAAUGACACCUUUGCAGGAACUAAGCCUGAGGAAAAAAGGACUUGAAUGUUUGGUUUCUAUUUUAAAGUGUAUGGUAGAAUGGAGCAAAGACCUUUAUGUGAACCCCAAUCAUCAGGCUAGCUUGGGUUUGUACAAACCAUCUGAACAGGAAAUGGCUGAAGGGAAAUGCCUUGAGAGUGGAGGGAGACGGAGUAGUGUCAGUUCCUUGGACUCCACUGUGUCAUCAGGAGUUGGAAGUGUUGGUACCCAGACCUCUGUCCCAGAUGACCCUGAGCAAUUUGAAGUUAUCAAACAACAAAAGGAAAUAAUUGAACAUGGGAUAGAGCUGUUUAACAAAAAAACAAAGCGAGGAAUACAGUAUCUACAGGAGCAGGGAAUGCUUGGUACUACAGCAGAAGACAUUGCGCAAUUUCUGCACCAAGAAGAACGUCUCUGUUCUACUCAAGUAGGAGAAUUUCUUGGGGAAAGCAACAAGUUUAACAAGGAAGUGAUGUAUGCCUACGUAGACCAGCUUGAUUUCUGUGGGAAAGACUUUGUCUCUGCUCUACGUAUAUUUCUGGAAGGCUUCCGGCUGCCAGGUGAAGCCCAGAAGAUUGAUAGAUUAAUGGAGAAGUUUGCUGCUAGAUAUAUUGAAUGCAACCAACGGCAAACACUUUUUGCUAGUGCUGACACUGCCUAUGUUUUGGCAUACUCUAUUAUAAUGCUGACUACAGACUUGCACAGUCCACAGGUAAAGAAUAAAAUGACAAAGGAACAAUACAUUAAAAUGAAUCGAGGAAUCAAUGACAGUAAAGACCUUCCAGUAGAGUAUUUAUCCACGAUCUAUGAAGAAAUAGAAGGAAAGAAAAUUGCUAUGAAAGAGACAAAAGAAUACGCAAUUACAACCAAGAGUAGUAAACCAAGUGUAGCUAAUGAGAAGCAGCGGAGGCUGUUGUACAACUUGGAGAUGGAACAAAUGGCUAAAACUGCUAAAGCUCUCAUGGAGGCAGUAAGCCAUGCAAAGGCUCCUUUUACUAGUGCCACUCAUCUGGACCAUGUCAGGCCCAUGUUCAAACUUGUAUGGACACCGUUGUUGGCAGCUUACAGUGUUGGUUUGCAGAACUGUGAUGACACAGAAGUUGCAUCCCUUUGUUUGGAAGGAAUACGAUGUGCAAUUCGAAUAGCCUGUAUCUUUGGAAUGCAGCUUGAACGAGAUGCUUAUGUACAGGCCCUUGCUCGGUUUUCCUUGUUGACUGCCAGUUCCAGUAUUACAGAAAUGAAACAGAAGAACAUAGAUACCAUUAAGACACUUAUUACAGUUGCUCACACAGAUGGCAACUAUCUCGGGAACUCUUGGCAUGAGAUCUUGAAAUGUAUUAGCCAGCUGGAACUAGCACAACUUAUAGGAACUGGAGUGAAAACUCGGUAUUUAUCUGGCGCUGGGCGUGAAAGGGAAGGAAGCAUUAAAGGCUAUACAUCUGGAGGGGAAGAGUUUAUGGGCCUGGGAUUAGGUAACCUUGUUGGAAGUGGAGCUGAUAAACGGCAUAUGGCAAGCAUUCAAGAGUCAGUGGGAGAGACCAGUUCACAGAGUGUAGUGGUAGCAGUAGACAGGAUAUUUACAGGAUCGACUAGACUGGAUGGAAAUGCGAUAGUUGACUUUGUCAGAUGGCUGUGUGCUGUUUCUAUGGAUGAGCUGGCUUCCCCACACCAUCCACGCAUGUUCAGUCUGCAGAAGAUAGUGGAGAUAUCCUAUUACAACAUGAAUCGCAUUAGGUUGCAGUGGUCAAGGAUUUGGCAAGUGAUUGGAGAUCACUUCAACAAGGUUGGAUGUAACCCUAAUGAAGAUGUUGCCAUCUUUGCGGUAGACUCAUUAAGGCAGCUGUCCAUGAAGUUUCUUGAGAAGGGAGAGUUAGCCAACUUCCGUUUCCAGAAAGACUUCUUAAGGCCUUUUGAGCAUAUUAUGAAGAAAAACAGAUCUCCAACUAUUCGGGACAUGGUAAUACGCUGUAUUGCUCAGAUGGUGAACUCUCAAGCUGGCAAUAUUCGCUCAGGCUGGAAAAAUAUCUUUGCAGUCUUUCACCAAGCAGCAUCAGACCAUGAUGGGAAUAUUGUGGAGCUGGCCUUUCAAACUACAGCACAUAUAGUUACAAAUAUUUUUCAACAGCACUUUCCAGCAGCAAUUGAUUCAUUCCAAGAUGCAGUAAAAUGUCUUUCUGAGUUUGCCUGUAAUGUUGCGUUCCCGGACACGAGCAUGGAAGCAAUUAGACUUAUCCGAUAUUGUGCAAAAUACGUUUCAGAAAGACCACAGGUAUUAAGAGAAUACACAAGUGAUGACAUGAAUGUUGCUCCUGGGGACAGAGUAUGGGUCAGAGGAUGGUUCCCUAUUUUAUUUGAACUUUCUUGUAUCAUCAAUCGUUGCAAAUUAGAUGUUCGAACAAGAGGCUUAACAGUGAUGUUUGAAAUAAUGAAGAGUUAUGGGCAUACAUUUGAAAAGCACUGGUGGCAAGAUCUGUUCAGAAUUGUGUUUCGGAUUUUUGAUAAUAUGAAACUUCCUGAACAACAAACAGAGAAAUCUGAAUGGAUGACCACUACAUGCAACCAUGCACUUUAUGCAAUCUGUGAUGUCUUUACACAAUUCUAUGAAGCUUUAAAUGAGAUCCUUCUUCCUGACAUACUUGCACAGUUACACUGGUGUGUAAAACAAGAUAAUGAGCAGUUGGCUCGAUCAGGUACAAACUGCCUAGAAAACCUGGUGAUACUAAAUGGACAGAAAUUCAGCCCGGAAGUCUGGGGCCAGACAUGCAAUUGUAUGCUAGAAAUCUUCAAAACUACCAUUCCUCAUGUCUUGCUUACUUGGAGGCCUGUAGGAAUGGAGGAAGAUUCUGCCGAAAGACAUCUGGAUUUGGACCUAGAUCGCCAAUCUUUAAGCAGUGUGGAUAAAAAUGCUUCAGAAAGAGGACAUAGUCAAUUUUCAAAUCCAAUGGAUGAAAGCUGGAAAGGUGGUCCUUAUACAAACCAAAAGCUGUUUGCUGGCCUCCUUAUAAAGUGUGUGGUACAGCUGGAAUUGAUACAGACAAUUGAUAAUAUAGUGUUCUACCCAGCAACGAGUAAGAAGGAAGAUGCUGAGCACAUGGCUGCAGCCCAGCGAGAUGCAUUGGAUGCAGAUAUCCACAUUGACACAGAGGACCAAGGAAUGUAUAAAUACAUGUCUUCACAUCACCUCUUCAAGUUACUAGAUUGUUUGCAAGAGUCUCAUUCAUUUUCAAAAUCCUUUAAUUCAAAUUAUGAACAACGAACUGUGUUGUGGAGAGCAGGGUUCAAGGGUAAAUCAAAACCCAAUCUCUUAAAACAAGAGACGAGCAGCUUGGCUUGUUGCUUGAGAAUACUCUUCCGAAUGUAUGUGGAUGAAAACCACCGAGAUUCCUGGGAUGCUAUACAAAGACGACUGCUUAGUGUAUGCACUGAAGCCCUGGCAUAUUUUAUUACCGUGAACUCGGAAAGCCACAGAGAAGCUUGGACCAAUCUCCUGCUGUUGCUUUUAACAAAAACACUAAAAAUCAACGAUGAAAAGUUCAGGGCACAUGCUUCAACCUAUUACCCAUACUUGUGUGAAAUCAUGCAAUUUGACCUGAUUCCUGAGCUUCGAGCUGUGCUACGGAAGUUCUUCCUGCGUGUAGGUGUUGUGUUCAAAAUCUGCAUAACAGAGGAGCAAAUACGGACAAUUGGGACGAACUUACCUUCGUGGUAGCCCUAAGUAGAGUUGGUUACUUCUGCUUGUACAUAAAGCUGUGUUCCAGAGAUGGAUUGAAGUGAACGGGGAAAAAAUGGAACCCUGGCCUAUCAACAGAGCAGCAAGUUACCCUUACCGCAAUGGCAUUUGGGGAGGGCUUGGGGGGGGGGUGGGGAAAAUAACUCCUGUCCAUCCUAUGAGACUAUCAGCAGUUUUUAUUUAAAUCGUUGCUUACGAAGUUAAUACAGUGGAUGUAAAGUCUGUUUCAAUGCUCAUCAUCCUUACGAUCGAGUCUGUCUCUUCUGGUCUUUUAUCGAUUGUUCAGUCUUGCAGCCCAACUAAAUCUUAUGAAUCAUCUGGAUUCCUUGAUGGAAAUUAUGCCCCUUGGAAAUAAUGAAUAUAGUUGUAUAGCCUUGUGAUGUUAGCACGUGUUCAUAAUAAACUAUACUGCAGUGGCUAAUGACCACCCAAGAUCAUUCUGGGUUUUUCUUUGUGUGCACAUGGCUAGACCAAGCAGUGUGUCAUAGUUUUUGAAGUGAACAGCCCGUAGGAUAUUUGAGGAAGCGGUUUUCCUGUUGUUUAGUAAGUCACUUUAAAACUAUUUUUUUAUUCUCACUUCACCUACCAAGAUUCAUUUUUAUUGUUAUGGAAGGUUUUACAUCAGGAGUACACAGUAGUAUCUACCCCAUUUAGCUUGUUAGUUCUGAGUUAAAGAUAUUAAGAAAAAACUUUUAAACCUUCCAUUGACUUUCAUACAUUGCCAAAUCAUGGACAGAAAGCAUCUACAGUAAUAUUAAAAACAGGGUUCAAAGCAAUUAAAAAAACGUAUUUACCCUUGACCAUAAUGUAUUUAGUAGCAAUUAUGUCUGUUUAGCAAUAAGUCUUAUCCUUACUACCUAUCCAGUUCUGUCUUUUUACUGCAGAUUUGCAACUUCUGAUUUGUCUUUGUGCAAAUCACUUUUGUUUUCAGCUGUUAGUUCCUAUUGUGAUGUGAAAAUUGAAUUCCCAUGACAGCUCUAGCAAAAUUAAACUUAAGAUCAUUCAUGUAGUAAAACAGUAACCAACACAUUUCUCUGUUUUUCACGUAUAAAUGAACCAAAUGUGACUUAACACUACAGCUUUGCUUACCCUGGAGAUGUUCCUUUCCUCAAAAUGCAUAAGGUUUCUGUGAUGUAACAACAAUUUGCAAGUGCAGUACUGCAGGACUGAAUUUUGUCCUUUGAACUAAUUUUAAUUUCAAGGUUUGGACUUUCUGAAAUGGAAAAGUAUGGAGAAGUUCCACUUCCUAAAGUAUAUGUAAACGAAAGUGUUAUACUAAUCACUGUGCUACUCAUAUCAGCAAACCUCAAAUAUAAGAGUAUUUAACGACAACGAUGAAAUAAUGGUAUUGUGUUGAAACUAUUCUUUUGCAUUAUAAGUUGAGUUUCCUGGUAGGGCAGCCAUAGUUGAUGUAGCAUUGGAAUAUAACAUUUUUUUUCUUUUGAGCUAUUUCCAAAGGAUUCUUACAGCGUUCUUCAGUAAAUUGGCUUGUUCUGUGUAAGCACUAUUUGUCAAUUGUUUUGCAGGCAAUAAUACCAGUAAGGCUUUCGUGAUUUUAUUUUUAACCAAAGAAAAGUAAACCAUGAUUGCAGCUCUCUUAACUUUUAAACAUCCUGUAGAUAAAUCUAUACACUAAUGUUUUGUAGGAGGAAAUAUAGGGCUGCAUUUUACCAUAGGAAAAGACUGAAAAAUAAGCAAUGCUAAUAUUUAAUUUGCUGCAUUUCAGAUGUCCUUUUGUGUUGCAUUUAGUAUAGUUGCUUGUUUCCUGGUAAUGUCACUUAAUUACAGUAAAAAAAAAAAAAAAAGUAUUUAUUUUAAUUAUAUUUAAAUAUGUAAGAACAGGCCAUUUUUUUUUCUUCCUGCCCUAGAUAGUCCUUAAUAUAUAUAUUUUUCAGAUUUUUUGAAUGUCACUGCCUCAUUGAAUGUAUACCCUUAUCUCCUAUCAAAACAAAAUCUGUAAAGAGUUGCAUAAUUUUUCUUUAUUUUAUGGUUCUGAAAGCCUUACAACUCCUGUCUUGAAACAGGUCUCUUAAUUUUCAAAUCUGAAGUUAUAACUGCAUCAUGGGCUUUCUUUAACAUGCAACGUUUGUACUAUCUCUACAUAUAGAGUUAGGGCCUUUAAUCAUUCCUUUCCUUCAGCCUUAGUUCUGAGAGACUCUUACUUUUACUAGAGCUUUUAUUGUAUUUAUGCCAUUUAUAAACUGCUGAAAUUAGGCACGUGACAUUAGAAACGUUCUAGACUUACUGCAGUGCAUGAAGGAGAAGGGGGGACUGGAAUGCAGGGGGAUAGACACAGCCUUAAUCCUGUCUCAGUUUUCCGAGUUGAUUGUAGCUGUUAAAGCAAUAAGAGUGGUUUGCAAAGUAGAAUACCUGAAACAAUUGUAUUUGCAUCAGCUUUUUGUUUUCCUCUAUACAGUCAGAAAGAUCAUAACCCACAGACAUCUCUGUGAAGCUAAAAAUGCUGAGCCAAAACUCCUGCAGUAAUCACUGCUGGUUCUGAUCUUGUCCUGACUCUGCUGACGUUAAAGACUUCAUCUGCCUGUAGCAGUUUUCUGGGCUGUGGUGGAACUAUGAACGAGAGCAGGGUUCUGUGUCAGCACGGCCUGGUAGAGAUCAACAUCUGUGCAGUACAUGGAGUAAUAAAAAUAAGGUUAGAUGUCUGAAGUAGUGUUAUGCAACAAAUUAAACUAUAAAGUGAUUUUACCUGUAACGGUAUUAAUAUGGAGACUGCAUGGUAUUUAUUGCUACUUAUUUUUGAACCUUGUAGGAAACAGGUAAGGAGGGGAGGGAUGGUAAUGAGAAUCCUAAAACCUCCCUUCCAUGUUGAUUCUACCAUCUUACAAGGAAGUUGUUUUAAGAGGUUUAUUACCCAUGUUUCAUGUCUCUUUCUGAGCUGUAACCAGAACAGUCCAGAACAGCUUUCACUAAUGCAAGCAACCAGCCCCCAACUUUUAGCUGUCUUACUAUUGAAGGAUUAAAUACAAAACCUUUUAAAACUGAGCUUUUCCUGUCAAAAGUGUGGCUCCCUUUAGUAUGUAAAUUGUUUGUUCAGCACCUUUACUGUUAUUUCUGUGUAAAAUGUAUGUUUUCACCUAUUUAAAAUGCCUAUGUUUUCAAGGACCUCCGUAUUAAGUGCAUUUACUACCAAUAAUUUAAAGAGCAGUACUUUGCCUGACGGAUGUAUACAUUUUUGAGAGAAUAGCGAAAUUAUAAGAUAUGAAAAAACUAUGUAAAGUUUUCUACAUGAAAAUACACUGUAUAGUACUGUUAUAAUAUUCCAUGCUUUAAUGAAGUGGUAAAUCAAUAAAGUUUUAAGAGGUGA